AUGCGCUGUGAGCGCAGGGCCAUGUCCAGGCUGGCGGUGGUGUGCGGGGGGUCCCGGGGCAUCGGGAGGGCAGUGUCCCGCCUGCUGGCAGACCGAGGCUGCAGGGUGGCUGUCGUCUCCAGGAACAAAGACGCCGCACAGGCUACCGUGGCGUCCCUGUCCGCAGGCGACCACGUGGCUUUCAGCUGUGACGUCUCCGAAGAGCAGCAGGUGCAGGAAACCUUCGACGGCAUCCACAGAUCGUGCGGGGGCGUCUCCUACCUCGUGAACGCAGCCGGCAUCAACAGGGACGCUCUGCUGCUGAGGACCAAGCCCGAGGAGAUGGUGGCCGUGCUUCACAGCAACCUGCUGGGAUCCAUGUUGACCUGCAGAGCAGCCCUGCGCAGCAUGUUGCACGUCCAGGGAGCAGCUAUAGUCAACAUAGGCUCUGUUGUUGGUCUGAAAGGCAAUGCCGGGCAGAGUGUGUACAGUGCCAGUAAAGCAGGUCUGGAGGGCUUCACACGCGCUUUAGCUAAAGAAGUUGCUUCGCGACACAUCCGGGUGAACCUCCUGGCUCCUGGUUUCAUCCGCACCGACAUGACUUCGGGGCUGAACGAGCAGGACGCCGUGCGUUCCGUUCCGCUGGGGAGGUUCGGCGAGCCGGAGGAGGUGGCCCGGGCUGUCCUCUUCCUCCUGGAGUCGCCCUAUGUGACCGGACAGGUGCUGGUGGUGGACGGGGGGCUGCAGCUGACCAUGUAGGAAACGCAGCCUUCCUCGGGAUGCUGCCGUAGGCGGCGGAUGCUUUUGUUGAAUCUAUGAUCAGUGAAGUUGUACAAGGCGAGAUCACACGCGCUCUGCUGACACACCCUCAGUGGCCGAGGCCCGGCCUGCGUGACACCGGGUCAUGACUAAUGCUGCUGACUCCAGAAUGUCUGGCCCAGUCCAGACCUCGUGGCCCUGAGCUCCUAAAUUCUAUCAGUGGAUCAACACGGUCUCCCCCCCCCCCCCACGGAAGAAGCCCUCAACACCAGCGCACGUUGCCCCGUCAAGCAGCCCACACGGCCCACCUCUGGAGGCCGGAGAAGGGGCGGCUUGUUAGGCUGCAGCUGGAGGGAAUUAGAGGUGGAGGGGAGUGCGGUUGUGCAUGUAGUCUGGACAAACCAAGCUGGAGGUGACUGUCGUGCACAUUGCUCCUCUAUUUCACCCAAACCCCGAACGCCUCUCGCUUCCGACUGCUGAAUGUUGUGUUCUGUAUCGGAGGAUGGCCUGAUUUUAGCAGGGAUGCUUUUCCCACUGUGGCUGAUAAUGUGAUUGUUGGCUUGGUCUUAUUGCUUCAGGAAGAGCCUGACAGUCUAUAAAAACAUCUCACACUGA